GGAUCAAUUUCUGUUGGAAUCUAACAAAGAAGGGCAUUGAACAAAUAAAUCUACAAAGGCAUAGCUACAUAAGCUACAUACCUACCGGUCCUACCCUCCAGCUACAUCGCGCCCCUCUACCUCUACUACCAACAAGGCUACAACUCGGAAUAUCUCCACCAACGAACCAACGAACCUACGCAGCAAAUAAUAAACCUCGCUAACUCGACUAGCAAUACGCACAUAUUGCAUUGCAUUGCAUCUUGAACUCAUCCCUCCCGCUACGCUGCGCGACGAUGCGAUAGAACCCGAAUUUGCGAACCAUGGCGGAUGAUGGUAGUCUGGAAAAUUUCCAGGCUUUGCAUAGGGAAUUGGUCACCAUUACCGAGGUCCUGAAAGAUGAUCGCGAAUUACAAGGCCCCUUCUUACUAUCACAGCUUUCACAGUCCCCUUUGCUAGGUGCGGUAGCUGGCAAAUUCCAGGGCCUAUUGGAAAAGCCUGCGAGGAAGAAAGAAAGCCGGGAUGCUGUACUAUCAGGGAAAGUCAAAGCCUUCGAUGAAGAAUACACCUUGAAUAAGGACUUCCAAGAGCUCGUUUUGCAGGUCGCCGAUGGCCUCGAACUAGACGAGACCGAAGCAGCAAAGCUGACAAUCCUCGCCGAAGAAGACGAGACUAUCCUGGGGCGCUCCAAAAAAGAAUGUGCCGUGAUAAGGUUCCAUCAGCAAAGGAAUUACUUGCUCAAUUGCAUGUUGCUACUUCUCGAGCUUUCCAAGGAGGAAGAACAGCUUCUAGACGAAGACAUUGGUGACUCUCUAGGCUACCUUGGUCAAUAUGUCAACGAGAACAUUCUCCGAGCCAGCGUUCCUGCUGCUGGUGCCGCUAAUUCUUUGUCUCGGCCGCGAUUCGUGCCUGCCUGUAUGGCUACUAUGCACGAAAUCAGGGGUUGGCUCCAAAGACUUACUGAGCAGGUCACGAGUGCCGCAGUGCUAGGCCGUGCCAGCGAAGUUCAAUUUCAGGAGACUAUUGAGCUUACCUAUAUUAGUCUGAUCCAGCAGCAUGAACUCCUCUCCGUCAUCCUUUGUCACGCUAUUGAGAAACAUGUGGCUGUCGAGCAGGACUUUAUAGAUUUUCUCCGAGUCUUGAAGAUGUCAACUAGAUAUGAUUCGUGUACCAUUCAUCUCAUGCCCAUACUUGGCACUUAUAUCACAUUAUUCGGCUCGACAGAGGGGAGCGGGACCAUAGAACAGGCCAGAAAACUGAAUACAGUCAUCUGCCAACAGUCAGAUGACAUGCGAACCUUGCCUUUCCUUAACGCCGCGAUCAAAGCUUGGUGGGUUGCCGAAUAUAGUGGUUGGUAUAUGGAAGAUGCUGCUGGUUCGGGCCUUCCCGGCAUUGAUAUCGAUGCAGAGGAUGGGCAGAGGUCAAAACUCUUUACUGAAGCCUUGAGGGAUGGUGCUUUUGAUUUCUUGCUUGCAGUUGUUGCUGAUGUUAGGGCGUCCGAGUGGGAAGAUGCCGCUCGAAAAGCCUUACGUCAAUGGCUACGAAAAAGGACCCCGACCUUACCCACGGAUACUAUUCCGUUCUCCAAACCUCUACAGGAUCGUCUCGCUGCAAAACUAGAGACAUUUGUGGAUGCCUUCAUAACCAACAUGCCCGACGUGCUUCGAAGGCUGAAGAUCGAGGAAGAUGAACAACGCCAAGCUAGCCAGGCCCAAGAACAAGAUUAUGACCUCGAGAGAUUCCUUCUCAUCAUUGCCUUCUCCUUCGAGGGCCGACCAGAGGCUGCAGACGGGUUCUGGGCUGAUCCUGAGAGCAACUUGUCGGGCUUUCUGCAAUGGGCAUCCCGGAGGGCAACAACACCGGUGCAAGCAGCGUUUUGUGAAAUGCUUCAGUCUCUAUCUGAGGACUCCGAGUCUGCAACUUCUGCCCAUGAAUUUCUUCUAGACGAAGGCCAUCAAAUUCGAAGGCCGCUGACCAUUACGUGGUCUCAUAUCAUCAACGAGUUGGACUAUUUUGCGAACAAAAGAAAUGAGAAACCUACUACAAGCCAGGCCAACGUGCAGAGAGCUGGGAGAUUCCACGCUGAACAAGCUGAGACCGAACCUGAAUUUGCCGCAAUGUUGGAAUCUUACCUAAGACUAACGGCUAAACUUGCUGCGCAAAGCGAAGCUGCACGUAAUUAUCUACUUGAUUUACCCAAAUCUAGGCUGUUGGAGGUGCUUUUCCAAGUGAUUAGCAGUUUAGUUGCACCUCGGAUCAGAGCAUGUACAUUCAGAGCACUAUCCGCCCUCCUCAACCAAAAGUCCCUCGAGCUGAAUCAUACCAUAUGGCGGUAUAUAGAGUCAUGCCUCACGGGGCAUUUUCUUUCCCCUACUUCAAAUAGGGCCCCAACCUCUUCCACAAGUUCUCUGCCCCCAUCUUUUUACAUGGAAGCGCUAUUUCAGGAGAUGAGUCCACAGGUCGACGACGCCAGCGCCUUUAUCCAGUUCCUAGUAACCCUGACGACCCUUCCAGAUGAAUUUAAUUCAUUGAGGGACGUAUUACCAUACCCUGAGGACCUUGGUGCUUCUACUCGCAUGCGUCCUGGGAUCGAGCCGUACCUCGACUUUGCCUUGGGGCACAUGUUCUCAAUACGCGCUCAGGAUGUCCCGGAAGUCCUCCAGCAGAGGAUUUUGCGAUUGUCCUGUUUGGACCUUGCAUUCACCUGCAUUUCCAACUUCAAUGAGGAUCUGAUUGUAUUCAGUAAUAAGACUAAUGUCAAUGUAGAGUCUGCUAUUCAUAGUGAAACUCUCGAGAACUAUGUCGCCCUCCACCCAUUCGCUAGGGCCAUGGAGUGGAUGUAUGACAGCAAGUUCAUGAAAGGCAUUCUAGACACAAUACAUCAAAACUCCACAGACAUUGGAAAAGCGGCGCCAGAUUCGCCUCUGAUUCUGAGUGUUUUGCGCGCAGUUGAGCUACUCUCUAAAGCCUUAGACCUUCAAGCUACCUACAUAGACCUCGUUCGACCAAUUGUGAAGCCGCAAGCUCGAGCACAGAGUCGAUCGCCGUACAUACCAACAUCAAAUGGGGCAUUUGCUUCCAUAGAAGAUGGCCUCAUGACUAGUAUGACCUUGAUAUCCGAUCUUGGCAGCUUCUGUGGUAUAGGACAUCCAGAUUUGACAUUGGCUAGCUUAAAACUUCUGGAGAAGAUUUCUGCUUCGCCAAGGAUGAUUUCAGCUUGGCAGUCAGGACCUUCACGACUGUCUCAUCGCAACAAAGCUAUCAUGGCUCUAGAGGAAGGUAACGAUGCUGCUACUAUAGCUGGUUCGUUUAUUGCCGAAUUCAAGUGUCCCCUAGACUUCCGUAAGGAAGACGCUUCGCCAGAAUACCAGAUCAAAAUCUACAUACUCGAUUUCCUCUACUCUUGCCUACGGGCAAGCCCGGAUCACCCGACAGUCGCUCACCUACUCCUCGGUUUUCGUUGCGGUGCUAGUACACUCGAGAUCACACCCGGUAGCUCAUUCGACAGCAGGUCAUCCCUAUUCCAUACAUUAUUGCCCGUGAUCAUCGAAGUCCCAUCAAAAAGCGAAGAGGGGCUUAUGCUUGGAUGGCUCAUCAAUUUAAAGUACAAGGUGAUGCGAAUUCUUAGAAUACUCUGGACAUCUUCACUAUCGACUAGCAUCAUUCUGGACGAACUCAGAGAUAAUGACUUUCUGUUCCAUAUUCUCAUGCAAGAUCUGAUAGCCCAGCAAGAUUUGACGUGGGAGAGGGAAGAAAUCUCUGGGCCCGACUUCCUCGCAUCCCCCGCAGCUGAGGGUUACGUCAACCACCUUUCCAUGAGAGCCAUGGCGCUCGAAUAUAUCACUCGCGAGCUCUGUACUGUGUCACAAGGCCAUACCCCUGUGCUCAAGCGACGGAUAUUUGAUGCCCUUGGCGGCCAAAUCAAGGUAGACGGCUUAGACGUCAUACCUGUACCUUCGGUGUUCGAGUUUCACGAUUCAUUACCUCAAGAAAGUAUGUUUGAAGCUCCCUCGCCGGACAUUGGGCCGUAUACAGCACUUGGUUUGGAGUCAUGUCUUGAAGAGGACGACGAUUUCAAUCAGGUGUAUAAUCUAGUCAAAGUCCAGGAGAUUUUACUCUUAAAACGUAACGAGGAUCACAAAUCUGGUCAGCUAGUUCUACAGCAAGACAUUGCGCAAAUCGAGGCAGGAGAAGAACAUAUGUUGCAGUACUUGAGGUAUUUCAACCGUUUCAACCAAGUCAAGCUAUAUAACCUCAAGAAUUUGAGGGCGUGGUCGAGGCUCCUAAUGGUAAUGACCAACUGCAACGACUUCAAAGGUACGAAUAAAGUCUCGUUCCUCCUACAGACACUACAGGCAACGCUGCCCGGCCUCGAAGCAUACGGAUCGGAUAAUCCCCGUGCUGCUUACGAGCUGGCCAACCUUGCGAAGGUGCUACUAUUUGAGCUCGACUUCGCAACCAUGACCUCAACAGACAAAGAGAGUAGGGCAGUGGAGAAUCUGAUUAGCGACAAGCUUUUCCAGCUUCUUCAGAUCUGCCUAAGUGCAAUCUCAAAGUGGGUUGGAAAUCAAGAAUUACGCGCAGUUUACUACAGUAUUUGCUAUCGUUACUUGACGGGGCUCGUGGACCAUGGACAAGGGGUUUCGUCAGGUCUUCGAAAAACGACAAGAACGAUACAGGCGUUCGGCGAGAAGCUGUUGGGUGUGGUCUGCGACGACGCGUUUGGCGGAGAUGCGGGCUGCCAGUCAGCAGCCUUGGUUCUCUUGAGCACCCUGGUGCAAGUUGGCAAACUGGAAAAUGAGAACUUUGUGGUGGAGGCACUCAACAGGCUGAACUUCAUCGGCAUACUUGUCGAUUCUCUCCGCAGCGUAUUGGCAGAAUGGGAGAACGCUUAUCGGACAGGUGACACGGCACAGCAAAAUUAUCUCAACGCUAAGCUCGCGCUCCUCCUGCAGCUGUGCCAGACGCGCGAGGGUGCCAAGAACGUUCUGCAUGCAAAUCUAUUUCGCGCAAUCGAGCAGUCUGGCUUGUUCUCAGCGGAUCCGGAACUGCAGGUAGAUUCGUCUGACAGCAAAGCUCUGGAAAGGCACUAUACCCUCCUGGUCAAGGUCGCCCGCAUCAUCGGUGCCGCGAUAGUUAGUCGAGGAUCACAUAACGUGUUGCAAGGCAGACGCUUCUUGACCGAGCACAGGAUGCUGGUGAUGCACGUCCUCAAGCGUUCAGCUGGCAUCGGAGCCGGGGGUGGGAAGAUAGAUGUGCUGCUCUCAGAACGUGUCAGUGAAUUAACCGAAGCGUUCAUGGUCGUUGUCACCGCCACCGACUUUCUCGAAUUCGAGACCGAUGGUAUUAACGAGGAUAGACGACCCGCGCCGGUUUUAUUUCAUUAGAUAUCAGAAGAGUAGCCCUGAUAUCAGAUAAAAAAAAAGUUAUACGAUGAUCCUAGGAAUGGAUCUGGAUGCUUCAGCUGGGAGAGAUACGCCCACAGCGGCACGGCGGGCCCAGAGUAGGACGAAAAAGGAUUGUAUGUGUAGGUACUUGAUUAAGCACUGGAAGUUGAACACGUACCACGUACUUAGAUAGGUAUCUAUCUAGGAUAGGUAGUAUAGAUUUUUUUUCACUUUCUAGUUGCAAGUCUAGCAGUAGUAGAUGAAGCUAUCGGCGCCAGCCACGGUCGAGCCGGAAUCAAUUACGAAGGAGUACUAGGUAAUACUUACUAUGUACCUACUACUAUGUAGCCUACUAUUAUGUAGCCUACUAUACGCUUAUACCCUGGGACCUGGGUACUAAUAGGGUUAGGAUCUACUUGCUAAGUCUUGGUUAGCAGGAAAAAAAAAGGAUUAAGGAACAAGGAAGAUGGAAGGAUGUCAAGUUCAAGGACUUGUGCGCAAGUUGUGG